GCUCUGCGCAUGCCUUUCAGAGCCAACCCGAGCUAAGCCAAAGCCAUCCUUACAGACAGCGGGAUUUGACAUUUGAUUUGAGUUCGGCAGAACUAAAACUGGUAGUGGUGGUAGAAAUAGCCUGCGUUGUAUAAGAGACAAAAGCAUGAGCCGAGAAGAUCGGCUUAGCCGCGAGAUGUGCCUCAAGGCUGCAGUGCACUACACGGUGGGUCCCGUCGGUCAGGCCGAAGGCACCGUCGUCGGGCGGCCCGUGGUGGCCGCACUCACCGAACUCGUUUGGAAGCACGCGGCUAGGACCGCCGCGGAUAUCGAGGCCCUCGCCAAGCACGCUAAGAGGGCGACGGUAUCGGUGGACGACGUGCUGCUCUCGGCUAGGCACAACGCCACCCUGCAUCGCUACAUGCAGGCUCAAGUACCCGAGAAGGUGGCCACCAAGCGGAAACAGGUGUGACAUGGAAUGCUCCGUCCAAGCUCGUGGUGUUCAUCGCGGUGGCCUGAAACCGACAUGUCGUGGCAACUCAUCAGGGUGAUGCAACCAAUCACGUGGCACUACGCCACUCAUUCGUUGGGUGCCCUAGGAACAAUCUGAAAAUGCUCGUCACUACUGUAUAGACGCUUCUGUAUCACAUAUUCGCAAUGUUUACAUCUGUAGUGUGCCAGUGCCCCAAAAGAAUGUGGUACAGAACGCGCAUUAGAGCCGGACAGCAUGUUGUCAGAAAGCAGAGCUCAUCAUUCGUUUGCUUUUGCAGUGAACAGCUCCACAAAGAUCCAAGCUUGCCUUGGUCCCACCUUGAUAUUACAUGUGUACCAGCCCACAAAGAAAACGGGCAGGUUCCAGCAAACUCGUCAGCACCAAGUAUCUGACGCACAAGGCCAUAAAAAUAGGUAUGGAUACAGUUAACUUUUUGCGACUGCAAGAAAAAAAGUCUUGCUGGGGUUUCUAAUGAUCAGUCUGAAAAAAGUAGAAUAAGAAAAAAAGAAACGCUUGAAAAAUGUGUUUGUCAUCUUCUGCACCGUUGGCCAUCUGCUACCAGCAGUUGCAAAAUUGCACUGUACUUCUGUGCGACUGAUAGGUUCCAUGUAGUUAACCUUCCAAUAAUGAGCUUUGGGAAGUAGCCUUGAAGAGUCCCUCGUGGCUGCACUGCCGCGAAUGGUUAUGGAGUGCAUCACGUUGCUGUGGCAUCCUGACUGAACAUGUAUGCCAGUUCUGCUUAUGGCGAGAAACUGCUGCUGUGAAACAUGGUUGCUGACGUAACAGUGGGACCUUCAAAGUAACCAACUGUAUUGACUCAACUAUUAAAACUUAACUAACCAUU